AUGGAUUAUGAUGAUUUAUUUCGUUUAUUACCAAAACCACCCAAAAAAUGGAGUACNAAAGUAUAACAAAUGCCAGAAUUUGGACUCUAGAUCAUUUAGAUGAUAAUUUAAACAAAAUUGACUUUAAUUUGAAAUAGAAAAUGAUCUUUGUUUGUUGAAAAUUGAUGAAUUGGCAAUAACUUUUGAUCAUCUUGGGUUUGGACCAUAUUAAACCUACGAUCAUACUAAUUAAAAUAAUAAUGUUUUCAGAAUAUUCAGAAACUUAUAGUGUCCAAAUGAAUUAGAUUUUAUAUUAUCGAAAAUUUAUUAACUUUUUUGUUAUCUAUGCAAGGAUUUCAUGUGGAUUUCUAAUUACUUCCUAAGUAUAAUAAUAAUUACAAAAUUUAAUUUCCUAAACAUUAGAGCAAUGAUUUGGUUGAUUUUGAAGAUGUACUAUGAUAAUUUAGAAUUAAGAUAAAAUAACAAAGUAAUUUAAUCAAUUAUAUUUAAAUUAUCUUGCUUAUAAUAAUAAAAAAAAAAACACUUAGAAUCAGAAUUCAAUAAAUCUUAAUUGUCUCAUAUAUAAGUUCCAUUUCCCGAAUAAAGAGAGGCUAUCAAAAGAAUGGUAAAAGGAAGAGUGGAAAAAUAGUUGAAUCAAAUAAUAAUUUCUUAAGGAACUUGUUUUUAGAAAAAAAGAAAAUAUAUAGAAUAAUAACUUUAUCAAGAGUAAAUUAGUAAAUUAAUUUAAUAAACAAUUAUGUAUUUUAAUGUUGCUCUUGAAAAUAAUAUAAUUAAAAAAAUAGCUAUUUAUUAGGAGAUUAACCAAGAAAAUUGGCAGAGAGGUUUGUAAAAGAUAAUAGGUGAGAUCCUAAUUUGA